AUGACAAUAGUCACAGUCGCUUACGUUGAUAUUGGUUGCACAGCCAUAUCGAUGCUGGCUUGCUUUUUAAUUUGUAUUUUAGGGAUUGUCUCCCCUAUUUAUCGGAAAUACCCUUCAAAGUUUAUUUUCCUCAUUAAUAUUAGAAUCAUUGUGUGGAUUUCCAGCUUAUUUAUAGUCUUAGGCAUAUUUAUCUUUAUUGAUUAAGCUUUGGUUAUUAUUGAAAGCAAUCAUAAAAGUGCAUUUUCGGAAUUACAUAAAUUAACCAAAUUCCUCAUAGGUGUUAUUAUAAUUAUUAUCUCAAAUUAGUUUAUUUUAUUUCUCAAUGAAGUAAAAAUAUGCAUUUAUAAUCCUUUUUAAGCAACAUCCUCAUCUGUUUUUUUAUUUCUAUUAUUGUUGCAAUGCCUAUUAAUUUUAGUAUUGAUUAUCAUACCACUACUAUUUUGGAAUAAUAUAAAAACAUACAGUGUUUUGGCUUCCUACAUCAAUUUUUUUAGUUUCUUGAUUUGCACCCUUUUCUACUUAGCAAUAUGGAUAAUUUUGAAUAAAAACAAAACAUUAUAAAGUAAAAGACUUUACAAAUUCAAAAGUGAUUUUGUGAAAUAAUAAGCCUCUUGGCUCUUCACUAUGUUGACAAUUAAUUUUGCUUUUUCGUAUUAUAAUCUAGACUUUAAUGAGGAUAAAGACUCAUAUACAUUAAAAGUAGCCUUGAGUUUAGAAGGUUUGUUCUUCUCUAUUUUCCAUCUCAUUUAACCCUAUUCUUAUCAGAAACUAUACUAAGUGUUCUUUAGAUCGUGUCAAUAACAAUCCUACAUAGAGGAUAUAGAAAGUAUUGAAUACGGAUUGAAUAGCGAUAUUCAAAAUAAGAUGAUGCCAAUAUAUGAGAAAUUGCUAAAGACCUAAAUCAACGAGCUUGUCAAAGGAUUAGUCAAGGCUGUCUAUGCAACCCUUGAAAAGCAAUUCGAUCACCAUAUGAAAGAAUUUGAGAUGAAGAGAACUUACACAUUUAAAUUUCACCUAUCAGAACUAGAUGAAAGCAGAAUUUCAUAUAAUGAGAAUGAUGUCAUUAGAGAUUCUAUCAUUUUAGUGAACACAUAUCAUCCAAACAGUUUUACUACUCUAUUGAAAUAAGACAAUUUGACUAAAAACAUAUUGGAAUACACCUUAGAAUUGUAGUACAAUUAGAAGGCCUUUGAAAAAGCAAAGGAAUCUAUGGGUAGAAGUGGAGCAUUUUUUUUUUAUAGUUAAAAUAAUAAACUCAUUGUUAAGACCGUUGAAAAAUCUGAAAUCAAAGAUUUCUUAGAUGGUCGUAUAGUUUCAUAUUUUAAUCAUAUCAGUGGAAAUAAAAAAUCACUCAUUGCUAAAAUUUAUGGAAUAUUUAAAAUUAAAUUGAUGGCUUACAAAACACAAUAUAUAGUUUUAAUGGAAAAUUCGUUUGAACAAAUGAAAACGUUAGACAAUGAAUUUGUAGUAUAUGAUUUAAAAGGCUCAACUGCAAAUAGAACCUCAAAAUCUGAAGAUAGUGUUCAAAAGGAUAAUAAUUUUAAAUAAUCUCCUUACAACCCUAUUAAUUUAGAGAAAGAACUUUCUGAUCAAAUAAAGCAAUAGUUUAAGGAUGAUUGCUACUUUCUUAGAGAUAUUGGAUAUAUGGAUUAUUCAUUACUUUUAGGGAUCUGCGUAUAAAAUACAUAAUAAAGUGAGAAUGAUAAUUACAGAUUUGUAGUCAAUGAAGCGAAAAAUAUCGUUUACUCAUUUUCAAUUAUAGAUUAUUUAUAAAGAUUCAAUCAAUCAAAAAAAAGCGAAUAAUGUUUCAAAAGAAGUGUGAGAUUUAAAAAGAAAUAGGACUUGUCUUGUAGAAGUCCAGAUCCUUACUGCAAAAGAUUUUUAAACUUUAUUGAUUCCUUUAUUGUUUGA